AUGAUUUACCCAAAAAAUAAACCAUAGUGGUAGGCAACUGUAUCUUGUAAAAACUAUACACCAGAAUGAAGUGAAGAAAUAAAAAGAUAAAUAACUGAUAGAUUAUCUAAAAAUAUGGUUUAGAUCUGGCAGAAUAAAUAAAUUCACAAGAAAAUAUCUAUCUCAAUAAAAAUUACAAUUUUAACUGCAUCUAAAAUUUAGAAUAAGAAAUAAAUGGUUAAAAGGCAUUACCUUAGCUAUAAUAGUAAUAAUCUUCAAAUCAACUGAAGUAAAAAGAUGAAGAUGAUUAAAAUCAUUUGUUUCUAAAAUUUCAGGAGCUUCAUUAAUACCCAAAUAAAACUGAAAAAAAUAGAGAGGAAAAGAAGAAUAAGAAAAUGACUGGGGUUACAUACCAAGAAAAUUGA